AUGCAACCCUUUGACAACGAGCGAAGCUAUCACGAUGACUUGAGAUCGCAGCUGCCCAACAGGAACUACGACGCUCCUCAGGACUAUCGUGGCUACGAUGGAUAUCAGUCAGGCACGUCAGGGCUGAUCGAUGAGCAGGGAAUGGCAGCAGACGAUCAUGCCAAGGGCACCGGCCCAGGGAGCAGCAGCUCUGUGAUGAGCUUCGGAGAGCCACGGAACCGUACCUCGAGCUACUCUGACAGCCGUGAAUCUCGGCAUGAACAGCAACGAAGGUACAAGGCAGAGCUUGAUCGUCAGAUUCAAGAGAAGAAUCAGGGCGGACAGGACAGGAGCAGGAGCCAGGCUAAUCGAGUAUCAUGCUCUGCUUCAGUGUGGCUCGUUCAAUCUGAUCGCAAUUGUCAGCCGACAUCUAUAAUCGUUCCAGAGAACCCGACAUCUCCUGGCCUCAAGGAAGCUGCGGGCAAGGUCAGCAGCAUGCACUGGGGAGAACGGGACGUCAAGCAAUGGUACGAGGCCGAGGACAGGAAGAAGUCGUACAGGGAGGAGCUGAUGCAGCAGAUCCGGGAGAAGGAGAGGAGCCGGACGGGGGACAGCGCGCGGUCCCGGAGGCUCAGCGGAAACUCCUCCUUCUUCUCCGACGCCGAUGACAGGGGUGACUCUCACCUUCCUGCUCUGCCGUCGCUGACCCAAGGUGUCCCUUCCUCCUGCCAGGCUCAGCUCCCUCUCAUCCUCCGCAAGCUCCAACGAGAUCAGAAGGACUAUCACAACGCCUACGCUGAUUCACAUCCUCCUGUCAUGGUUGCCUCCCCUCCCUCGCUACUUCCCGUGCUCAUUCCUCCGCAGCGGUCUCUUGCUCCUGGCCAUGCGCUAGCGGCUCCUCUGGACCCCCGACAAAUGAGCUCGGCUAGGAGCUCGGUGGAGACGGAGGUGUACUUCCCUGGAGGAGGAUACGGCGUGCAGGGCUCCUCCUACACUCCCAGUCAAGCUGGCUCAGUGUCGCAAGAGGCAUAUGACGCCCUUGUCGCGCAGAUGUGA